AUGGAGACGAACCUUUUGCUUGUCGUAGAACUGUCCUUUCCACCUAUUAGUGGUAUUCAUCCUUGCCUCACGCUGAAGGUCGCUGUUGUGCGCACUGGUGGAAAUCAGGGCGGUGCACUGCUCGAUUCUAUCUUUGGGCUCCUCGGCCUGCUACUCCGCCCCUCGCCCGUCCAGGAAGUGUUCUGUACUAUCAUCUGGAUGAAGGAGGGAAUGUUUCAGCUUUCCAUCAAACAAUUCUGGAAAGCGUGCGAUUGA